AGUUGCUUGGCGCGUUCACGGCUGACGGGAGAAUUUUUUCACUCAAAAUCAGUUUAGGUAAUACAUGGUUAUCAAAAACUAUAAUUUUCCGACCUCGAAUUCGUUUUAACGAUGUUUUAACAGUUUGUACGUCAGGUACUUGUUGGUAGUUAGUGCAUCUCGUCGAGUUGGAAUUCUUGUUGUUUUGUUUCGUGCAGUGUUUGUUUUACUUAGCGUUUGUGUGACAUAACCUAGAUGGGCGGUGAGGUAAAAACUACGAACGGAUCUUCAACACGUGUGAUAAAUGGCGACGAUGAGUGGGAAUACGAAGAAAUCAUUCUUGAACGAGGUGGAUCAGGUCUGGGUUUCAGUAUCGCCGGUGGGACCGACAACCCCCACAUCGGCGAUGAUACGGCCAUCUACAUCACCAAACUUAUACCCGGCGGAGCGGCUUCGGCCGACGGACGACUUUUGGUUAACGAUUCAAUCUUGUCCGUGAAUGAUGUCCCGGUGAUUGAUGUUCCCCAUGCCCUUGCCGUAGAUGCACUCAAGAAGGCCGGAAAUACAGUGAAGUUGUGUAUCCGUCGAAGGCGACAACCUCGAAAUAUGAGACUGAUGGAAAUCGAAUUGGUAAAGGGAAAUAAAGGUUUAGGGUUCAGCAUCGCUGGCGGUAUCGGAAACCAACACAUACCUGGUGAUAACGGUAUAUACGUCACCAAAGUAAUGGACGGAGGUGCUGCCCAAGUAGAUGGUCGUUUGCUUGUCGGCGAUAAGUUGGUGGCUGUCAGAGACGCCGUGAAAGGGGAGGUGAAUUUAGAAAAUGUUACCCACGAAGAUGCGGUUGCUACCCUGAAAACCACACAAGACAGGGUGGUGCUUGUCGUAGCAAAACCUGAUAUCACUUUCAAUGCUCCCGCCUCGGACGCGUCGUAUUCUCCUCAGCUCU